AUGGGCGUAAAGUGUGCAUUUCUGAAUGGAGUGCUGACUGAUGAAGUUUAUGUGGAACAACCUCCUGGAUUUGAAGUAGCUGGAACUGACAAAGUAUACAAAUUGAAGAAAGCCCUCUAUGGACUGAAGCAGGCCCCUAGAGCGUGGUAUGACACUUUGUCAAAGUAUCUACAUGAAAAGGGACUCAAGAAGGGAUCAUUGGAUAGAACUCUAUUCACACUGAAAGAAGGAGAAGAGCUCAUACUUGUUCAAAUCUAUGUGGAUGAUAUAAUCUUCGGGUCAAGAUCGGAAAGAUUAUGCAAAACUUGGAGUUUGUGCAGAUAUCAAUCAGAUCUAAAGGAAGCUCACAUGGAUGCAACUAAGACGAUCCUAAGAUAUCUCAAAGGCACACUGAACAUUAAGCAGAAUUUAGUCGCUACAUCGACAACUGAAGCUGAAUAUGUUGCUGUUGGAAUCUGUUGUUCUCAACUGUUGUGGCUCAUGCAACAACUGAAGGAUUAUGGGAUUGAAGAAUUUAAAGUACUAAUCUACUGCGAUAGCUCCAGUGCUAUUGCAAUUGCUCAAAAUCUGGAACAUCACACAAGGCCCAUCCUGAAGAUAGAUUCAAUGACUUAUGUGGAAGAUUGGGUCUACUCAAUCCAGAAGAAUGAUACUGAUAUUGUUUCGUGCACUCUACUGAAGAUGUUUUAUGACAAACUGAAGAUUGAUUCCACCGGCAACUACAUCAGCACCAUCAACGUCUUCACCUCUUCCAAUCUCAAGGAACAUGAAGCCUUCCAAAUCAAUGUCUCACAGAUUGUUCGUAAUCUGUAUCACCUACCCUCCAAAGGUCCACUUCCCUCCUCUAUCUCUGAUCAGACGGCCAAUGAGAUUCUUCGAGAGGCCAUGAAAGACAAUGCCUCCUCCAAAGGCACACUGAAGCUGUCCAACUACAAACCUACCCACAAGAUCCUAGAAAAAAUUAUUCAGAGAUGUUGGAUUGGGAUGAGAGGAUCGCCAGACCAAACAUCGCUGCCCUAG